AAAAAAAUUAUCCUGAGCGAUUGACGAGAGAGAUAACAUGAGUCAGGAGAAGAUCAUAAAGAAUGGAAUGAAGGAGCGCGUCAAUCACGGCACACCUUCAAUUUCAUUUUCCAGAUCUCUUCUCCUUCAAUUUUCCUUUUUUCUCUCUUCCCUCUUACCUUCCACGCCAUAGGAGAGAGAAAUUCUUAAAUUUAAUUUUUCUUUUUUUUUAAAAAAAAAUAUUUAGAAAGGUGUGUAACGAUAAAGAGGGGGUUAUAAGUUAUAUGAAUGACAACAACUCCGCCAUCUUUGCUCUCCCUCACAAUCGACUCUGCUCUUCUCCAUCUCUCUUCUUUUUCUGAUCUCUCUCAUAUUCCUGAUCACAUUCUCAUCGAUCUUUUUCGGCGAACAUUGAAAGCUGGAAAAUUGAAUGAGAGGAUUCUUAAUUUGUUCAUAGCUUCCGGCGACGAUAAACUUCUUUCCUUUAUCAAGGAGCUCAACAUCAGGCCAGUAUAUACUCCAGUUCUUCCCACCCCGUGUGGCGGAUACAUCUUAUGAUUUUCUUUGAUAUCCAUAGUUAAUUGUUGGUGGACUAUACUUGUGUUUUUGUAAUACUCCAUACUUUGUUCAAACACCCAAAAAUGGCAACCCAGUUCAGCAUUAAGGAUGAUGAUGUAGAUAUUGUGAUUGGUGCUCUACAGUCUGAUCUCACGUCUUUUAUGAAUGCAUGGAAACCCAUAUUCUCUCGGUUUCACUUGAUUAUUGUCAAAGACCCCGAAUUGAAGGAAGAUCUGAAGAUUCCAGAUGGAUUUGAUGUCAAGAUAUAUACGAAAGCAGACAUGGACAAGACUGCUGGAGCGUCACUGACUUCCCAGCUUUUCUCUGGCUAUUCAUGUCGCUACUUUGGCUAUCUUGUCUCCAGUAAGAAAUAUGUUAUCUCGAUUGAUGAUGAUUGCAUCCCAGCCAAGGAUGAUAAAGGAUUCCAAGUGGAUGCUGUUGCCCAGCAUCUUUUUAACCUUGCAGUCCCUGCCACCCCUCUCUUCUUCAAUACACUUUAUGACCCAUUUUGCAAGGGAGCUGACUUUGUUCGUGGAUACCCAUUUAGUAUGCGAGAAGGGGUGCCUUGUGCUCUCUCGUGUGGCCUCUGGCUCAAUUUAGCAGACUUGGAUGCUCCAACACAAGCCCUCAAGCCUGAGCAGAGGAACACUAGAUAUGUGGAUGCUGUUCUUACUGUUCCUGCAAAGGCAUUGAUGCCGCUUAGUGGAAUCAACAUAGGGUUCAACCGUGAGUUGCUGGGUCCUGCUUUGUUCCCCGGUUUGAAGCUGACAAAGGAAGGAAAGUUAAGAUGGGAAACCAUGGAAGAUGUAUUCUCUGGUAUGUGUGUUAAGGUUGUGUGUGACCACUUGAAGUUUGGGGUGAAAACUGGUCUGCCUUAUGUCUGGAGGGAGGAAAGGGGUGAUGCAGUUCAGAGCUUAAAGAAAGAUUGGGAGGGUAUGAAGCUGAUGGAGGAUGCAGUUCCUUUCUUUGAGUCUAUCAAAUUGCCUGCUGAAGCAGUUAAAGCUGAGGAUUGUUUACUGGAGAUAGCAAAACUGGUCAAGGAAAGGUUUGCCGCUGAAAAGAAUUCUGUAUUUAUUCAAGCUGCUGAUGCCAUGACUGAGUGGGUUAAUCUAUGGAAGAAGGUUGUACCAGCCUCCAAUUAGAUAUUUGGGAGGGCAGACGUAGAAUUCACUGUUAAUUAAGUCAUAUACAGUAGUAAAUGGGAACCUGAAUUGGCGAUGUUUUACUUGCUAAGGUGGCUGUGCUUGUUCACUUACAGCCUUUUUUUCAAAAUCGUGUUGAUUACAGAUAUUUCCGUACUAUGUUAAUGGUUGAUUAGGGAUAUUGCCCGUAGUUGGAAUAUAACUUCUGUGACUUAUUUACAUGAUUACUUUAAUCAUC